AUGAUUAGCACCAGCCGUGCUCCCUCGCUCGACCCGUUCGCAUCGGUGCGCACCUCGCGCUUCGAAAGCAAGGAGACCGACCGGCUCACGCGUGCCCGAGCGCGGCUGUCGUACGUCGAGAGUGGUUUCGGCUAUGGAUGGUGUGCGGCGAAGCGGCCGCUCACCAACGCGCUGGUGCUGGCGGCGUGUUUUGCUCUCUCACUCGACAUCCUCGAGCAGUUCUCCCUGCAGGGUCGGUCGCUCGCGGAAGUGGAUUGGCGGCGAGCACUCGGAUUCGGCCUCUUCGGGCUACUCUACCUCGGCCUCUUCCAGUAUGCUUACCUAAUCUUCGGCUUCAAGGCCCUCUUCCCUCGCGCCGAGGCCUUUGGGGCGGCGUCGCUUCGAGACAAGGUCUCCGAUCCGCGAGGCAUGCUCGACGUGCUGCUGCAGACGGGCAUCGACGUUCUCGUGCUGCUGCUCUGCUUCCUCCCCGCCUACUACACCGCGCGCACCCUCUCGCCCAUCACGGGCCUCCGCCUCUACGAGGCGAACUGGGAGCACGACGCCCGCGCCGUCGUCUCCCUCUGGGCGCCGAUCGACGUCCUCUCCUUCAGCGCGCCACUCCACUGGCGCCUGCCGCUGCGGUACGUCCUCUCGCUCCUCUACGCGCUCGGCCUCUCCCUCGCAGACCACGGCGGCGCCUCGCCCGGCCUGCACACAGCCCUCGGGGCGGGCGAGUGGGUGGAGGCGACCGAGGAGCACUCGGCGGGAAUGCGUUACAACUCGUACAACGACGUGGACGAUCCCAACAGCGGCCGGUGAGGGCGCCCACGAUGGGGUGAGAUGCCUUCUGCGACGGGACGUGGCGCGAACCGGAGGCUUUGAGGACACGGGCAUGGUUUUUCAGGGGGAGUUUUAUCCGGCAAUUGUGUUGGAUCAUCAUCAUUUUUUCGGUACGCGGAUAAAAAUCGCA